AUGGCGCGACAAAGAUCGUUUCCGUCGCGCCCGGGCAGGCGGAGGUUCGGGGAAUUGGCCGUGGGCACGGCGGCGGAUUGCACGGCGGUGUGCUGUUGCGGCCCAUGUGUGGUGGCGAAGCUACUGGUGAUGGCGUUAUACGAUCUUCCUUGCCGAGUGUGCCGGAAGGCGAGGCGGAGGAUGACGAACAGGAGGAAGAAGAAUCAGAUGAAGAAGAUAGGCAUCGGGAAGCGACAACCGUCCAUCUCCGGUGGGAGUUUGACGUUUGAUGAGUCGAACAAGGGCGGAUUUGGAGCGAUGAUCAUAGACCGCGGCGGCAGCGAGGCAGCGGCAGCCGAUUUCGAGGCGGAGAUGUGGCAGCUCUUCCGCGGGGGAGGGUUCUGGAGGAGCCUUUCGCAGAGGGACAUCUGA